UCCAGACAGUGAAGGACGGGAUCCAUCGAGAGAAGAGCUCGAACGAACAAGUGAAAGGCACUGGAUUGACAGAACUGUCAAUCCCGGUGAUGCUCCCCUCUAUAAGGACUUGUAUAAAAUGCAUACUCUCAGGAUUUACCGUAGCAAAAGCCUCCUUAUCCUGUCUAGCAACGUCCAAUCUGCUUUUCACCUGGCCAACAUGAACAGUUUACAAAGCGAAAACAAAACAACAUCGUUGUCUUCCACUACAAAAUCCUUGAUCAAGAGCACAGUCCAUGGACUACUCGAGAAACGCAACAUCCCGUUCGACACAAACUCUCCGAUUGAUCAAGCCUUGUACGACGAUUGCAAGGAAAUCUUCGAAUCCAAAUUUCAUUUCCCUUUGUCUCAUUAUCCCUUUUUUGGGACCUGCCUCUACAUUGGGGUCGACCUUGCCUGCAGCGCCUUCGCGCAUCUUCCAAGAUGCAACCAAGUGCAUAUUGCCUUUUUUACAGCAUUUCAUAUGGCGCUCGACGAUCAGUACCAUCAAAUCCACGAACAGCUGGAAGGUUUCAGUGAACGGUUGGUAAAAGGAUCCGCGCAGGACAAUCCUAUCCUUGCUGGUCUGGCCACAAUUCUUUUCGAUACAAACGAGUAUUACGGCCGAUUACAAUCCAACUUGAUCGUAACGUCGACGCUGGACUUUGUGGCUUCUUUGAUGAUGGACCUGGAAAUUCAAAAGAUGGAAAGUUUGGACUCGCCCAGUUUUGCGGCUUACUGUCGGCUGUUGUCUGGCAUUUCCGUGGCCUUUGCCAUGUUCAUAUUCCCGAAGGACAUCGAGAUCGCCGGAUAUAUUCAAUGUUUACCUCACUUGAACACUUAUAUCAAUGGCAUAAAGUACGAUCCAUUUGACCCAUUUGGACUCGCACCACUUCAUCCCGUCUCUGAUGAUUAUCAUUGUGCAGUGACGUGCUUUCAUUUUACAAAGAAGAACUUGCGGGUGACGACGAGAACUUUGUGACUAUGCUUGCAAGGGAGUCUGGGAUCACGAAGUAUGAGGCUCUCCAACGCCGAGCCGACGAAGUCGCUGAAGCCGACAAGCUCA